AGCGGCGUUAGCUCCAACGAAUGCAAGCGCGUUAUGUUUUGUAUUUUGUUAUACUAGAAAAAAAGUAGUGAAAUGCACAAAAACAAUACAGCAGUAAUGUGAAAAUCGAAAAAGUAGUAAUAAAGCAAGUGUAAAUAGCGCGCUGCAGAAGAGCAAAACUUGUCAAUUUAUUGGCAAACCUUCUCGUGUGUGCGUGAGAAGAGGUGCGCGAGUGCAAGUGAAAAUUCUACGUGCAGCUGCUGUUUGCUUAUGCAUGUGUGUGUGUGCAUGUGUCGGUGUCGGUGUUUGGACGCACUUUUUUUUAUUUAUUUGGCAGAAGGAAGUCUUCGUCAUCUGUGUGCCGAGUAAAAAAGACUUAAAUAGCACGCUGCAGCAAACACGGAUCAAGUUGGAACGGUUGAGAGAUGUUGUAAACGAAAAAUCGCCGCACAAAAGCGUCCGAGUCUGAAUCCAAAACUCUUACUUUCCUUUUUUUAAAAAAAGCUGAUAAAGUGGACGGAGAGAGAAGAAACUGCAGCCGGCAUACCGAUACUCUCGAUAUUAUAUUUCGUCGAACGAAAUCGAAAUUGUAUUCUAUACUAUAUACUAUGUACAUAUACUCAGACACAGCAAAUAUGAAGCCACUGUCGCAGCGCCGCUCAUCAUUGAAAUUUAAUCGGAUGUCGUCGACGAUGACGGGGCUGCUAUUUUUGCUGGUCUGCAUCGGUUCGCACGUGAGCGCAGAGCGCGAUUUCAACCUAAACGACUCCCAGGUGCCCGUUAUUGAGCCCAAAGAUGUGCCGGCCUAUCAGCAAGACCCCUACGUUACGGAACUUAUGCGCUGUGAGCAGUCGCCGAACGAGAUUGUGCUCUCAUUGGUGCUGAAGCAGCACGACUGGAACGAAUUGAGCGCCGCCAAACGCGCCCAUGUCCAAUCCAAGCUGGCCAAAUUCUUUGCCAUACCAAAGGAAUUCAUAGCAUUGGAUUCGAUAAGAAGGCACGACUUGCAGUCUAUGCAAAAAACAGCCAUGCGUAAAGGUGGAAAGCUUCAGAAGGGCUGGGAGACUACGAAUAGGCGUCUGGGACGCGCUAGUUUUAUGAUUGGUUGCGGUGCUAAUUACUUUGAUAUGGGAGAGCCAAUCGUCAAGCAGAUUGCGCAUCAAGUUAAGGAUGGCACCAUCGGCGCCAUAACGGAGGAAAAUUUUGGAACAUGGUAUAUAUGGCGCAAAGAAUUGAGGCCCAGAUCACAACGGAAACGACGAGAUACGGAGGGCUCAGCACCCGAGGACGAUUAUGAGUAUGACUACGGCGAGGAGGAAACGCCAGAGCCAGUCACCACAACGCCAGCGCCUACACAUGCCCAUCGUCAUCACCAUGGCGUGACCGAUAAUAUCAGUGCUGGAGCAGGGGCUGUGCCCGCUGUAGAAGUUACCGCUCCAGCUCCGCCCAACAGCCCCACAAUUGUGGAGAGCAGGCCAAACAGUUUGGACGAGGAAAUCGAGGAGAGUGUCUCCAAAUUGGAAUCGGUCAUUAGCAAAACCAUUGAGAACACUAAAAACAUUAAGGAGUUGUCUGUGCUGAGUGUUGACGACGAUGCUGACGAGGACGUUGAUUUGGAACAGUUGGGGAAAACGCAUGCCGUAGGUGUGCCAGCGGUGCCACAAAUUGUGGAGACUGACAAGAUGCUCGUAGAAGAAUUUGACAAUGAAUUGGAUGUGAUUAAGGCGGAUACUGCCACGCCCAGCAUUGCGUCAACUACUAGUGCAACGGUAAAUCCAAGCUUAUUUGAUGCUGCGCCCAACAUGAACAGCAACAGCAACAACAUCAUAAACAAGAACAACAACAAUGAUGAUGAUGAUGAUGAUGGUGUACAGGAUACUGUCGUCGUCGCUGUGACAGCCGCUAAUGUAGAAGAUCACAUGGCAACAAGCACAUUACUAACCACUAAUCAAGACAUAAUUGCCACACCUGCAACACCCAAGUCAGCGUCUGUACAUGCCCAUUCCACACAGCCCAAUUCCAUAGAAAACAACAACAAUAUCAGUAACAACAGCAAGCAGUCACCUUCAUUUUCACCAUACGAUGCCAAUUCAUCGGUGUCUGUGCCAUCAAUUGCAACAACAAUCGAAACUAUUGAAACGACUUCUACACCUUCGUUACCAUCGUUAUCGUCUGCCGCCGGCACAAGCAUCCCUGUAAGCACCAUCACCACCUCCACCACGACCUCAGCCACUAUGAACACCACACCAAGCACAAUCAGUGUCACUGAGUCUGUAACGGUUAGCAACAACAACAACAACAAUAACAACACAACUUUCACAACAGCAACAACAGCAACUUUACCAUCAUCAACAACAAGUACAACAGCAACACAAUCACAAUCGCCAAAGGAAGAGGAUGCCAAUGCCAUCGAUGCCAGCAACAACAGCAGCGUGUCCGCUGGUCAGGAUUCCACGGCAACCAUUUCAGUGUCUACGACAACUCCACAUGUGCCCGUUGCGUCGAUCGAGGUGAGCAGCACAACUUUCGCCUCGACGGAUUAUGUGGAGCCUCACAACGAGAACAGUGCACCCAUCAUCAAGACCCGACUGCAGAAGUUGGCGGUGACUUCGGGCAAAGCUUUCACGUUCCUGGUGCCCGAGGACACAUUUUUCGAUACGGAGGAUCUGAAAAACCUGCGAUUGGAACUUACGGACAAGGAUGGGCAAGAAUUGAAACACAAUUCCUGGCUGCAGUUCAAUGCCGAGAAACGCGAACUUUAUGGCCUGCCCUUGGAUGAUACGGUAUCACGCUGGCAAUAUCGCCUGACCGCCACGGAUUCGGGUAACGAGAGCGUAACGGAAACAGUCGAGAUCAGCGUGCAGCAGCAUCGCGGGGUGCGCACAAUCAACCAUGAGAUCAACAUUGCUGUGCGCAUCAACGAGAAGCAUUUGAAGAAUAUUGACUGGCAGCUGAAACUGAUACAUGGGAUCGCUAGGACCCUGGAAGACGGGAACAGUGCAGCGCUGGUGGUACGUGAAAUACGGCAAGUGCCGCAGGAUCCGCACAGCGCCACAUUUGUCUAUUUCAAUGAGACGCUGCCCACAACCGAGUGUCCCGAGGCAGAGCUGAAUGAUAUUGUCAGACGGUUGGAUGCGCAACGGUUGAGCGAUUUGGUGCAGCCGCUUUUGGGAAUAAAGUCGAUUACAGGGCAGUUGAUUGGCUCCUGUCUGAAGACGGAGCUAACCAAGCCCAAGCCCACAAUGCAUAUGUCCAAAAACUUGCCGCCCAUGCCCCGCAAUCAGGUGGAUCGCGUGAAUGCGUCCGUGGGCCAGCUGCUGGUAUACAGGGUGCCAAUCGAUACCUUUUACGAUCCCAACGAUAAUGAGCUGACGUUGACGUUGAAGACCAAGGAUCAUAAAGAGCUGGGCACACGACACUGGCUGCAGUUCGAUUCAAAGAAUCAGGAGUUCUAUGGCAUACCCAAGAGUGGUGACCUCGGCUCCGAUGAGUAUUUGCUGGUGGCCGAGGACAGUGGGGGCCUAAGCGCCACCGACGCGCUUGUCGUAGUCGUCAGUCAUGCACCCAAAAAGGAGUUUAGCGUCUUCUUCAAGGCCUAUCUGGCCAUACGCCACGAGAAUUUCAAUGCCGAUCUGCAGCGCAAAUUUGUCGAGCGUAUUGCUCAACUGCACGGCGAUUCGAAUACGAAUCAGAUACAGGUGCGUUCGAUAACAACGCAUCACGAUUCGGAUGGCACGAUUGUUAAUUUCUACAAUACGUCGCUGUAUAAGUCGCACAACCGUUGUCCUGAUAAGGAGAUGGCGAUCACGCGUAGCGUUUAUCUCACCAGCGACAUGAUGCUCAGGGAGAGUGUGAAGAAGCUAUUGGGACCGGAGCUCAAUCUGACAAAUCUGUCGGUUGCGCCUUUCGGUGCCUGCCAUCAAACUAUGGACAUAAAUCAGCAUGAAUAUAUACCCACGCGUACCGAGGAGCCUGGCUUAAAGUCCACAUUCUCCGAAGAAUACUUGGCUACAUUUAUUCUGCCUGCCGUUAUCAUUUUAGUCAUGAUAUUGCUGGCCUCAAUUAUAGCAUGCUGUUUGCAUAGACGUCGUCACAAGAGCGGCAAAAUGGAGUUAGGUGAUGAGGAGGAACGCAAAUCUUUCCGCACCAAGGGUAUACCCGUCAUAUUUCAAGAUGAGUUUGAUGAGAAGCCUGAGAUAGGCAAUAAGAGUCCUGUUAUACUCAAGGACGAAAAGCCACCAUUAAUGCCACCGUCCUAUAACACAUCGAAUUUGAUUGGUGACAACGAUGUCGAUGAGUAUGUGCCACCGCCGGCAGUGGUGGUGGGCGGUCGUGAAAUCCGGGGGAAAUCCCCAGCCACGCCCUCCUAUCGCAAGCCACCACCAUAUGUCUCGCCAUAAAUGUGUCAAAAGGAAACAAGCGAACUGAAACCGAACCGACUAUAUGGGCAACAUAUACAAUAAAAAAAUCGUAGUAACCCACAAAACAAAAUAACAUACACAGUCUACAAAUCAUUUAACUCUCACUACCUAUACCCACUAUCUCAACAAUACUGCACAAUUGGUAUGCAUCAGAAAUUUGUAUAAGAAUUUUGUAUUAAUUGACUUGACAAUUGAGAAUGAAAUGCAUUGAAUUGAAUUGAUUUGAUCGCAAUGAAUUGACCAUUGUAUUCAUAACAGAGAAAAGGUGAAGCAUGUGUAUACAUAUAUAUUAUUCGUGGACACAACUGGAUACAAUCAAUUAGCGAUUUCAUAAACGGUUACUAUUAAAUAAAACAAAACUAAAUGAACAGGAUAUGCGUGCAAGUGCGCUAAAAGUCUUAAGCUUAAACCUACAUAUGUAUGCUGCAUAUUUAUUUAGUAUGUACUUUAAUUUAUAUACGAAACAGCAAGCUCAAAUGCUUGAAAAACACGCCCAUUUUUAGUAUAGCGUUUUAAGUACACCCCAUACAGUAUAAUUUAUAAUAAGUUUAAGGUACUAAAUCGAACUAAGUUACGGCAGUUUUUGAUUUCCGACAAUUACCAAUUGUUGUCUGUGCAACUAGUAUUUCUAUUUUUUUCAUGUUCUUUCAAUAUUUGUACCUGGCUUUUUAAAUCAUGAUCUUCAAAAAAUGUAAGAACGUUAUAUGAAGUUAUAUCUCAUAAAGUUACGGCCGACAAUUCUUUUUGUUUAGAAACACUCAUACACACGGCACAAAAAAGUGAGCUGUCAGAGUCGAGUUUUUGAGUUCAAAAACUAGACUAGAGGAUCUUUCUUUUAAACGCAUGCUUCUAAAUUUGGGUUCGAACUAGUAUUAAGCAAUAAUUUCUUGUAACUUUUGUGUGCUUAACACAAGUCUAUCGCAUGUUCAGAUUCAAGCAUAUAUAAAUAUAUAUGUUUAUUAAUUGCAUCCAGCUAAAAUGCAAACAACUAAUCAAAUAUACAGCAUGGUCCUAAACGCCCACAAGUGCUUCCUUCACACCCCCACCAACAACCAUAUCCAUAUCCAAUUGAUUAAUGCUCUGCCACAUACAUCCCAUACUCAGAAAACCCUCAAGUGUUAUAUCAAAUUAUUACUUAAAGUAGCCAUUAGUUUUAAUGAUUUUUUACAUCGUUUACAAACACAUACCUAUUGCAUAAGUUUAAAUAUGUACCCGAAGCAAAGAAAAGGAAAUGAAAAGAUAAGAAAAAGAAAACGAACGAAAAAAUCACGUUUGUAUUUAUAUUUAUUUGUAAGCAUGUCUGCUAAUCUUGCAGUACUUAUAUUCACCUUGAAUUGUACGAAAUAUUAUUGGUUAUACUUAGAACGUAUCAUCAUUUUAUACAACAAACAAAAACCUAUGUAAGUUAGAGCAAUAUUUUUACCUAAACAACAAACUGAAUUACUUAAAGAACAAAAACAAUUGUCAAACGCCAACAUUAUGCGUUAUGCCUAUUAAAUUAAGCAACUAACAAACUUUGAGUAUUCGAGAAGCUCAAAAAUCAAAUGUUUACACUGUAUUUUGUAACAAUAUGAGUAGCAUUAUAUACGAGUAUAUAUAGAAAUAACAACAACAAUAGCAACAGAACGGUAUCGAUUUAUUUUGAAUAAAAAAUGCCAAAGAUA